CGACAAUCAUGCAGUAGAUUGUAUGAGCUACUUUGCGGAUUUACGCAUCAUUGCGACAAAGCACGGUCGCUAUCUAGGUGCGACUUCAUAAAAGAUACAUUUUCCUUGUGGAUCGCGACUGUGAGAGCAUGCCGAGAGCUGAUGCGAGACAAACUUGGGAAUGCUUACGUCAUGGAACGGUAGACAUCGGCCGAUUAGAAUCCCCUUGAUAGCUGCCUAUCUCCCGUCGCUCAACAUCACGGAACAACGUGCAACUAGUGUACCACGCACGGCGGUAACGAUAGCGAUGCUCACAAUGGGAUCAUCAAUCUUACUUCUGUAUGCAUGUGCUUACAUGAGACGGCUCCGAACGAAGUUCACGUGGGGUUCUGACAUUCGGGUCACUCAAUGAGUCAUGUGAUGGAUUGGGAAGCGAGUAUAUAGACCUAUUGUAUUGUACAAUAUUGCAACGGCAGUUAUCUCAUCAAUACACUGAUUCGGAUUAGAUGAUUAGCGUUUUGCUUCAACAGACACUGAAUGGCAUGAUUAGCGGCAAGCUUUGCACGUGUAUUCCGUACCAAUGUUAAGCUUGCUAAAGAAACACCAAUGAACUAUAUACAAGAUGUAGUAUAACGCUUUGAGCUAGUCUCACUUCUCAUUGCUUCUUGUUAAAAGUCAGCGUCAAACAAUCACAAUUGCUCAUGUACUCAC